AUGGAUGCAGAGGGGAAAGCACCCGCCCGGGACCCACAAGAGGUGCCAGAGGGGACCCCCCCAGCGCGGCCGCCACGGAAGGCCCCGGCCCACGGCACAGCCACGGCACCGGCACACGCGGGGGGGCUGCGGGGGGGCCGCCUGCGCCCCACCAUCUGCAGCGAGUGCGGUAAGGGCUUCAGCCGCAGCUCGGACCUGGCGCGGCACCGGAUCACACACACGGGUGAGAAGCCCUUCACCUGCGGAGCCUGCGGCAAAGGCUUCAGCCAGAACUCCAACCUGGUGACGCACCGGCGCAUCCACACCGGAGAGCGGCCCUAUGGCUGCGGAGCCUGCGGCAAGCGCUUCAGCGAGAGCUCGGCACUCAUCCAGCACCGGCGCACCCACACCGGAGAGCGGCCCUAUGGCUGCGGGGAGUGCGGCAAGCGCUUCAGCGUCAGCUCCAACCUCAUCCGGCACCGGCGCACACACACCGGAGAGCGGCCCCAUGUCUGCGCCGAGUGUGGGGAUGGAUUCCGGCACAAGGCCCAGCUCCGACGGCACCUGAAGCUUCAUGUCGUGUGAUGGGGACGUUGGGAUGGGGACACUGGGAUGGGGACAUCGGGAUGGAG